AUGGAGGGGGAAGAAGACAGCUCACGGGCUAUUCCUGGGGCUUCACUUGGAGGCCUCCCGACACCGGCCUCCAGGGCCAGUUUUCGCUUGGGGAGCGUCUUCAAUGGGCAGGAAAUUGGGUGGGACGAUGCAAUCGCGACGAGGAGGCGUGAAGAGGUGCGGGAAUGGGAGUCUCUAGGACCUGGUCCGGUGACGGAGGAGCAAGGAACACGGGGAAAGGAGAAGGACCCGGAUUGGAGGCCGGCUCCGGGGGAGGCGGCCGGCACGAGUGGAGGAUCGGGUGAUGAGGGUUGGGGAGGGAGAGGAGCGGGCCAGGCUGGUGGCAGUGGCGCGCGUGGCAGCGGUGCAGCAGCAAAGAGGCCACGCCCGAGUGGGCCUGUGGGGUCGGGAGCUGGAGGGGCCGGGCCGGCGUCGAAUUCGCAGCCGCAGGGGGCAGCCGCGGGUGGUUCUGAGGGGUCGGGCGCAGCAGGGGCAGGUACCUCCGCCGCUGCGGCAGGUGGUGCACCUUUGGGUGGGUCUACGGGGGCUGGAGCUGCUGCUGUGAUUGCAAGCCAGAGGUCCGACAGGGCGGGCAGGACCCCUACUGACGAGGAGCUGGACCCAUGGACUGAGGAGGUGCUUAGGAAUGCAGAACCCGGCCUGGUUCGUGGCAUGUUCAGUGAGAAGGAUGUGAACGAGGCUAGGAAUUGCAAGAUUUGCAAGAAGAAGAUUAGCUGGAAAGGUAGUUGCACGAGCACGGGGAAGAGACACCUCAAGAGGAGCCACUACCCCAGUCUGCAGAUCUGGUGUCGGCGUUUCAAGGAUCCAAACAAGCCAGACAACCUGACGUUUCCCGAUGGGGGAUGGGGUCCGGAUGUCCCCGACCAGACAACGUGGCCUUGGGAGCAUGCAGCCACGUGGCCCAGGAUUGUACAGACACCAGACAGCGCUGUGCCAGGCGGAUCCGAGGCUGGUGGGAGUAGGCAGAUGAGCAUGGCCGCAUUCGUCACGCCGCGUGUUCAUGGCCAGCAGCUGCGCGAGGGAUUGGUGCUGCUAUUUGCGGCAGCUGACCUUCCGUUUCGACUUGUUGAGUGUCGCGAGUUCAAAGCAUUUGUCCAGAUGCUGAACCCGGGAGCUGCGCUACUGCUCGGCUCACGCCAUCGCUUGGCACGGGACAUGCAGGCAUACGGGGAGGCUGCUCGGGAGGACAUGCGGCAGCUACUGGUGGGUGAUGGCCUGGCGGGAAGGAUGUCCCUCACCUUUGACAUCUGGACCGGUGAGAACAACGUGGCCUUCAUGGGGGUGACUGCCCACUAUGUCACCAGCGAUUUCCAGCUAAAACAGGCUGUUAUAGACUUCAGGGAGCUUAAGGGCUCUCAUACGGGGGACUUGAUAGCCGAUGAGCUGGAGGAGGUGUUGAGGGAGUGGGGCUUGGAGAAGAUGCUGUUCGCCGUGACGUGUGACAACGCCGAGAACAACAGCAGGGCGAUGCGUCUGCUGGCCGGUGUACCUGACGCCAGGCCGGGCUCACGGCCCAGGCACCCACCACUGCUCAGUCGCUGGAGGCACUUCAGGUGCAUGGCGCACGUCGUCAACCUUGCAGUGCAAGCUGCACUGAAGGUUGACGAGGUGGCCGAGCCACUCAAGAGGCUGCGAGACGUGGCGAACUACAUCGGCUGGUCCACACUGCGCACAGAUCGUUUCUUCGAGCUCCAGAAGGGAUACGCGGCGACCCGGCCCCAGGGUCCUCCAGGUUCUCGGCGACCAUCGGGUCCGUUGCGUUUGAUCGUGGACUGCGUGACGAGAUGGGGUUCUACACUCCACAUGGUGAACAGGGGCUUCGAGCUGCGCAUGCCCAUUGCCAUGUUUUUCGACGAUUCAGAUUACAACGCGCUGAUUGAUCUGCAGGAGAAGGCACAGCGCACUCCUGGCAUCUCCCCUCUGCGCUCAUCGCUGAUCACUGCUGCUCUGAGCAAGCUGGAGCGACACAUGGGGGGUGUGAGCGAGGAGGCAGCGAUAGCCACUUUCUUGGACCCGCGCCAGAAGCUCGCGCCCUUCAAGCACCGAGUCAGGGCAGCAGAGGGGAAUUCGAGAGGGACAACACUGGAGCUAGGACCUGAUAGGGUGAAGGCCCUGGUACGAGCGCGCCUUCCAGAGUACCAGGCAGCCAGCACCACGGCGCUGCGAGAUGGUGGGGAGGUGACUAGUGCGAGGGGUGCAGGGGUGCAUGCGUCGGCAGGGGGUGGGGGUGUGGAUGCAUCGGCAAAUGUCAGCAUCCAAUAA